AGGGAGUUUCGGCAGUGCAUCGCGCACUGAACGCAGCCCAGCGAUGCUGUCAGAUAUGCGGGGCAGUUCUUAGGGGCACCCCGUAACCGGCGCUCCCACCGCACAGCUGCAUAUUUGCUGUUCUAAUCCUUUUGCGAUGUCAUUCGCUUUCCUUCGGCGUUCGGUAUAGCGCUGUCGCAUAUUCGCUGCAUGGGUGCGCUUUAACGCUGUCAGGUCGCAUCAGCCCCCCGAGAAGCGCUGCCCGAUGCUGAGGAAUGGAUAGUGCGCCUGGCAAAGGUGGCAAGAUGGUAGAAAGGGAUGAGCACUCGGAAAGGGCACCGGGCGGCGACGCGGCGAUGGCCGCGCUGCACCAAUGCGAGCUCAUCCAGAACAUGAUCGAGAUCUCCAUCUCCAGCCUGCGGGGUCUGCGGACGAAGUGCGCGGUGUCCAACGACCUCACCCAGCAGGAGAUACGCACGUUGGAGGUGAAGCUGGUGAAGUACAUUUGCAAGCAGCUGCAGUGCAAACGUAAGGUUCCCCAAGAGGAGCGACCGCAGGCCCUGGAUGGGUACCCCCGUCUCGCUGACUGGCUACGCAUCAUCAACCUGCGACCAGAACUCAUUGAGGCUCUGCCAGCACACCUUUCCCUGGACACCCUGCUCCACAUGCCCAGCCCACAGGUUCUCCAGCUGCUCCAAGGUCUGGGCUCCAGCUCAGAAGACUGCUCCAAGCUCACUGCUGCCCUCUCCUGUCUGCGAAGUGCCACUGAAUCGGAGGGAGAACUGAAGGACGAUGUAGCCUCUUGGAUGUUGGACCCAAAGAGACGGGACAGCGGCCCAUCCGCUCCACCCAUGGACCAGCUGACCUUCCCAGGGGGGUCCCUGCGGCCCCACAGCCCCUCCCCCUUAGCUCGUUCACCUGGGCUCACCCAUACCAUCUUGGGUCCCACCUCCUCUGGUCUUGAUGGAGCCCCCUCUGAACAUAUUCCUGCUUGCUCCUCCCUGCCCUGUCACGCCGCUACCCCCCCUGCCACCCCCCCCUCCAGGAGGCGACCCCGCCUGAAGCCCCCCUGCACACCCCCACCCCCCUCUCGGAAAGUAGCCCAGCCGCCCCCUAAUGUGGCUCUGACCCGCAGUCGGAGCCACGAGUCCCAGCUGGGCCACCGCAUCGAGGAGCCCCCCAGUGUUGAUACAGCUGGCCGGUCUGCCAAGAAGAAGAAACUGCUGCUGAACAUGCACGUGAAUGGCGGCGUCCCUGUGGGAGGCUGCUGGGAGGAUUCUCCCUCCCGUUCCCCGUUGCUCUCAGGGCGCGCCCCCCACGUUCCCCUGGAGGAGCACGGCACCCAUAAGAACAAUGCAGUGGUCCGGCGGAGUUCUCCACAGGCUGUAAGGAGGGACAUCGGCCUGGCUGUCACUCACAGGUUCUCCACAAGGUCCUGGCUCUCACAGACCUGUCAGGUGUGUCAGAAGAGCAUGAUGUUCGGGGUCAAAUGCAAACACUGCAGGUUAAAGUGCCAUAACAAAUGUACGAAGGAGGCUCCUUCCUGCAGAAUCUCCUUCCUGCCACUGGCGAAAAUUCGGAGAACAGAGUCUGUCCCGUCGGACAUCAACAACCCAGUGGACCGGCCCACGGAAGCACCGCAGUUUGGCACGCUGCCCAAAGCCAAGGAACACCCCCCAGUGCUGAACCCAGUGGACUCCAGUAGUAACCCCUCCUCCACUACCUCCUCAACACCGUCCUCGCCCGCGCCCUUUCAGCAAGGAAACCCCCCCAGUGCCACCCCACCACCGCUGAACCCCUCCCCCAAGGGGCCCCGUGAGAGCCGCUUCAACUUCCCCGCUGCUUGCUACUUCCAGCACAGACAGCAGUUUAUAUUCCCUGACCUGCCCGGUGCUCUCCGUUCCGAAGGAGGCCAGCACAGCCCAGAGGGGGAGCCAUCGUCAGAAGACCCGAAAUUGCCUCUAGCCGAGGAGGAGGGCGAUGAGGAAGAGGAGGGUGAGGAUGAUGUGGCUGAGGAAGAGGAUGGCGAGGAUGAAGGGGAGGAGGAUGAGGGGGCCCCGCUGGAAUUCUAUGGCUCGGUGGAGGUGGUGGAAGAAGAGGCCGGGAGGGCGGGCGGCUCGGAUGGGGAGCGCCAUGUGGGCGGCACCGAUGGGCUGGACGAGCUCCCGGUGUCACGGGGCGGGGCCACGACAGGGGGGUCUUGGAGGGGCCCUAUCUCGCGCAAGGCCAGCCAGACCAGCGCGUACCUGCAGGAGUGGGACAUCCCCUUCGAGCAGGUGGACCUGGGCGAGCUGAUUGGUAAGGGCCGCUGGGGGCGUGUCCACCGGGGCCGCUGGCAUGGCGAGGUGGCCGUACGGCUCCUGGAAAUUGACGGCAACAACCAAGACCACCUGAAGCUCUUUAAGAAGGAGGUGAUGAACUACCGGCAGACGCGGCACGAGAACGUGGUGCUCUUUAUGGGCGCGUGUAUGGCCCCACCCCACCUGGCUAUCAUCACCAGCUUCUGCAAAGGCCGGACGCUCUACUCCGUUGUGAGGGACACCAAGAACCAACUGGACAUCAACAAGACCAGGCAAAUCGCUCAGGAAAUCGUCAAGGGAAUGGGCUACCUUCACGCAAAGGGCAUCGUCCACAAGGAUCUCAAGUCUAAGAACGUGUUCCAUGACACCAACAAGGUGGUCAUCACAGAUUUCGGGCUCUUCGGCAUCUCGGGAGUGGUUCGGGAGGGGGGGCGGCAGAAUGAGCUCCGGCUUCCCCGCGGCUGGGUCUGCUACCUGGCCCCCGAGAUCGUGCGGAGGAUGCGCCCUGGGGUCUCGGAGGACCGCCUCCCCUUCUCCAGCGCUGCUGAUGUCUACGCAUUUGGCACCAUCUGGUACGAGAUGCAGGUGCGUGAUUGGCCCAUGACCACCCAGCCUGUGGAAGCAACAAUCUGGCAGGUGGGCAGUGGAGAGGGGAUCCGGAAAGUGCUGUCAGAACUCAACCUGGGCAAAGAGGUCACGGAGAUCCUGUCGGCCUGCUGGUCCUACGAGCUGAGGGAGAGGCCCAGCUUUCUGCAGCUGGCCGACAUGCUGGAGCGGCUUCCCAAGCUGAGCCGCCGCCUCUCGCACCCGGGACACUUCUGGAAGUCCGCCGAGUGCGUAUCCUAGGCCGAGUGCCUCUGGAAUUGGAGUGGGGGGUGGGGGGAUGCUGAAUAAUUAGCUAAUUGGUGACCUUCUCAGAUUCCCAGACUGUGGAAGCUGUUCUAUACACAGCGGUAAUGCUAGCAGGAAAUGAUCUAUAGUGACAGGAAGCAUCUCUUGUCUGGCUGGAGUGCAGCAAAUUCAUCCUUGCAUUCACUGACCACUGCACCCUCCAAGCAGUGCCCAGACUGUGCCAUCACAUGCAGGAAUGCUGACUCUGUCGCCCCCUUGUGUUUUGAUUAAGUAAAGCAACCUACUCCAGAGCUGCAGUAGAGGCAGCACAUUCAGGCCACAUAUCUGGACAUCUGGGACUCUGUGGGAGUGAGGCCAUGUGUUUGUCUGGAGCCUGUGCGCCCCCUGCAGGCUGCCUUCAUCAUUUGCUGCCUUUAUCUUCAUACCAGCGUUGUUUCUCUCCCUGCUAGUCUGCUUUUUCUAACCGUCUCUCUCUUCCCUUCUCUCUGUCUCUUUCACUUUCAAUUUGUCUCUCAGGUUGUAGCUGCCAAACCAACU